UAUUCCUUACUUCCGUAUCUCAAUUGCCAACACAUUUUUCCUUAAACUUUUAAAUUCAGCAUAUAUAGCUCGCUAGCUUAGCUCGAGAGAAACAUUAAGUCUUUGUUCCUUAAGUUGGCAACUUCACUACACACACAAACUGAUCAACUAUACACAGAAGAAGUGAUCAAGAAGUAGACUGCAGUAGUAGUAAUGGCAGAUUGGGGACCAGUGGUGAUAGCGGUGGUGUUGUUUGUGCUGUUAAGUCCGGGGCUACUGUUUCAGCUGCCGGGGAAGAGCAGAGUGGUGGAGUUUGGCAACAUGCAAACCAGUGGACUAUCCAUCCUCGUCCACACCAUCAUCUUCUUUGGCCUCAUCACCAUCUUCCUCAUCGCCAUUGGCGUUCACAUCUACACUGGAUGACCACCAUCAUUUGCUAGCAACUGUCUCUCAGUUCAUUUUCUUGUGUAUGUUUAAUUCAGAAACAAUUACUUGCUAUAAAUUUAUAAAAGGGCUAGUACUUCUUCAACAGUUGACUGCAGCUGCUUAUUCAUUUUUAAGUUUAACCUAGUGUUUAACUACAAUCUACAUAUGGACUCAUAAUUACAUAUAUGUUACACACCCACGACCAUUAGUACCCGCCCACGACCAUUUGGUCUUAGUGGCGUAAGUAUCUUUCGUAAGUAAGAGGUUUCAAAUUCGACUCUUGUAUCAUUCUCAGGAAAAAAAAAA